GAAAAAGAAAAAAAAUCACGUAUUUUGUUGUAAUUAUAAUGAUUGAGUAAAUAUGUGUUGUUAUUAUUAUUAUGAACGUGGUUCUAGCAGAGGCAGAGAGAGAGAGAGGACAGUGAAGUAGAGGACUAGUUUUUGUGGCUGUGUACAUCACCGGGUGCAGUAAUGUAGCCAGUGCAGUUUGUAAUUUGCGUCGUUCUCUGAAUUGUAUUGAAAGUAGUUCCGGGUAUAUAUUUUUUUGUAGCCUGUGUAGAAAACGACAGAGUCCCGGAUGUUGGCUGUCGAGACUGGACUCGAGAGAAAGGCGAACGGGAAAAGGCAGAGAAGCCGAAGAGGGACGACACUGGCACACUGGUGAGAGUUCAACGGGUCUUACCUAGGACAAACUCCAAGAGCAUAGGCACCUGAGGGACUUUCUUGUUGAAGAAGAGGUGAAAGGGGAGGGGGCAGAUACUUCAACACUGCCCUGGACCAAGGUAACGACCUGACAUACCCAGGGCCUCACUGAGAGACCGCUAGACAGCUGAGCUGGGGGAGCCUUGCCCUCAGCCUCCACUCACCUCACCUGGCCUGCUUUCCACCCAUCAACACCCCCCCGCCCCCCCCCAGCCUAGCCCAGCCUGUCGUCGCUAUGACGUCGGAGCUGGAGAGUAGUCUGACCUCCAUGGAUUGGCUGCCUCAGCUGACCAUGCGGGCUGCCAUCCAGAAGGCGGAUGCCCAGGGGGGCCACGGGGGGCAGGGCAUGGGCAAGAAGAACGCCAUGCUGGACCCCAACACCACGCUGGACCAGGAGGAAGUCCAGCAGCACAAAGACGGCAAGCCGCCCUACAGCUACGCCAGCCUCAUCACCUUCGCCAUCAACAGCUCGCCAAAGAAGAAGAUGACCCUGAGCGAGAUCUACCAGUGGAUCUGUGACAACUUCCCCUACUACAGGGAGGCAGGCAGCGGCUGGAAGAACUCAAUACGGCACAAUCUGUCACUGAACAAGUGUUUUCUCAAAGUGCCUCGCUCCAAAGACGACCCAGGCAAGGGAUCCUACUGGGCCAUCGACACCAACCCAAAGGAAGACGCCUUGCCCACACGGCCGAAGAAGAGGCCACGGUCCGGAGAGAGGGCUUCCACACCGUACAGCCUGGAGUCGGAGUCUUUGGGAAUGGACUGUAUGAUCUCUGGAAGUGCCUCUCCAACGCUGGCAAUCAACACUGUGACGAACAAGGUGGCAUUAUACAACCCAGACCAGGAUGGGAGUGACAGUCCAAGAAGCAGCCUUAACAACAGCCUGUCUGACCAGAGUCUGGCCUCAGUCAAUCUAAACAGUGUUGGCAGCGUGCACAGCUACACACCGGUGACUAACCAUCAAGAGUCGGUGUCUCAGUCCAUGAGCCUCCAGCAGCCGCCACAGCCCCAGUACAGUAUGCCAGAGAGGGACAAGCAACUCCUCUUCUCCGACUUUGAAGAUCUCAGUGCCUCCUUCCGCAGCCUUUACAAGUCUGUCUUUGAGCAGUCCUUCAGCCAACAGGGUUUGAUGGGCAUGCCAACGGAGUCGUCCCAGCAGACCCAUACCGCCUGCUCCUAUCAGCACUCCCCCAGUGGCACAAUCAGCACCCAGAACAGCCUGACAAACAACCACUCCAGCAGCGGUGGCCAGGUGCCCCUGUCCCACCCUCCCCAGCUCCCUGGCCAGAACACCCACCCGGGCCACGGCUCGCCCCACACACAGCACCUCUCCCAGCACGGCCAGCAUGGCCCACACAACCAACAUGGCCAACACAGCCAACACACCCAGCACCCACAGCACCCUCCACACUCUCAGCAUGGGCAGCACGCACAGCACCCGCAGCAGCACACGCCGCACCCCUCCCAACACGCACAGCACACCCCGCACCCCUCCCAACAUGCCCAGCAGCACGGCCAGCACCCCUCCCAGCAGCAGCACCAGAGCCUGGCUCACCAGCCCCAUCCUGCCCAGCAACAGAUGGCCUGCAACACAGGCCUGCCCUCUGACUGGUACCCCAAUCUGGACGCACUGAAAGAGAGCUGCCGUAUUGCCAGCAGUUAUAACUGGGCUGAUGUCGACCUCUCACCUUUUCAAGGACUGAAGGAGAGCAUGAGACAAGCAGAGCUGAACAACUGGUCCCUGGAGCCCACCCAGAUCGCUGACCUCUGCUCGUCUAUCAACCAGUUCUUCACCCGCACUGGUGUCAUUCAGCCACAGGGGACAGUGCAGCCGCCGCCCGUACCCGUAUGCCAUGGCUCCAUGCACCCCAACAAGCCCAGCCAGCACAUCACCACAGGAAAUCUCUACAUGGACUCCAGACAGAGCAUGUCUAUGAUGGGGCCCCCAGGGUACCCCCACAUGACAGGACACCAUGCGCAGAUGAACCAGCAGCACAUGAUCCCUCCCAGAAACUUCCAGAUGCACCGCAUGCCAGCAGAUGACAUCCAGGAUGACUUUGACUGGGACUCCAUUGUCUAACGUUAGAUGUUCUGCCCCUAACGAGGAGCGUCCAGGAGGUGCAGAGGAGAUGAGUGUAUGAGGAAGAAGCCAGGCUGAGCUGUACGCUCACAGUAAAAGGAGACGAACUGUUGUUGUUGGGAUACAGAACCAUAGAACAGGUGUCACUUUCGGAGGAGAGAGCAAGAGAGAGACUUCAGAGUCCUGACAUUUUUGCAAACAAAAACAAAACGUACAAAAAAAAAAGUGUUACUUUGAAGACAAUCAUAUUUAGUAAAACAUGUUUAAGUGGUGGCUUAUGUGCUUGUCUUGACGAGGCAAGUAGCACACGUUCAUGUCAAAACACAUGCUCCAGCCUUCAUCCCUCGGCCAGCCCUCUCCGGCCAGCCCUCUCCGCCCCCCUCUCCCAGCCAGCAGCCGUCCAAAGUCUCCCCAGGUCCGUCCGUAACUGUUGUGUGAUUUGAGCGACCUUUUUUCGGCUUGUUAUCCUUCUCGUGUUGACUUUAGGCCUCAGCUGCUUCGUGGAUGAGUUUCUCUCUUCAUUUUUGUUGUUGUUCUUUUAUGGAAAACGCAGGCAGCCUUUUUGAGUAACGUGAUGGUGCUUGUUGGUCACCUUUUGGGUGGACGAUGGAUCCCCAAUGGUGGGUUUAUUGGUAGUGAGGUUAGGUUUACAGUAGCUGAGGUUACGUUAUGACCAGGGUGUUUUGCAUUGAACUCUGCUUGAUAUAAAGAUCACAGAUGCUUCAUCAUAGAGUAAUCCAUCCAGUUGUCCUUUAACCAACUCAUCUGGUCCACUUAAAAAAAAAAAAAAAAAGAAGCUAAUUGUGGAAAUUCAGCAACAUUACCGGCAGUAUUUGUGGUUUUGUGUCUAUUCUGUCAACAAUGUAUCGUACCUUUUAAUCUCCAAUACUCCAAGACUGAAAAAGAUGCAUGAGUGGGUGACUGUAAGAAAUCCAAACCUCCUUUUCACCUUAUUUUCUUUGUUUGACAUGUUGAGUAAUACUUAAGACUGCAAGUACAGUCUCAUUCUCAAUCACUACAUCCUUUCACUAGUAAUAGUUAAUACACAAUGAAUUUGAGUACAUGUGUACGCCUAUUGUCUGUAGGUGUCUCUUCGCCUAUUCAAUUCAGUGCACAUGCUGCACAAAGAACUGUAGGAUAUCUCCCUAUUCUCUUCUGAUGCAGGAAAUGUACAGGCUAACUUCAUUUUUCAGUCGUAAGGUCUACUACAAGCCACGCAGUAGGAAUGUUCUUCAUUCAGAUGCUAUACAUCUGAAUCAGUAUCAAUCUCCCCCAAUAUCUUCCUUGCUGUGACCCAGUCAGACUUGCACUGCAAGGCAGAGAAUAUGCUGUAAUACAAUCAUGAACAAUAAAAUAAAAAAACAAUGGGAAUGUGGUGUGUGUGUGUGUGUGAGUGUGUGUGAUUUUAAUGUAAUUUUAGGGCUAUGAUUGUUUGCUGCAAUCAUCUGCAUAUGCUAUCAAUGAGCACAAAUCAGAUGCACAAAAAAAGAGAAAUGAACGGUUAGAGGCAGAUAUGCAUUUUUUUUAGGCAGAGUUUCUUAUGCAGAGAAAUUAGCACUUUUUCUGGUCAACAGCCAAGUAGAGAGAGAGAAAAUGGGUGGGAGACUAGUGGUGCUGGAAACACUCCUGUUCACCUGUCAUGUCCCUUAGUGGCUACUGAAUCGGACUUGUCCUGAACCCUAAACAUGGUUGCUUUGCGCUACCUAUAUGGGAGCUUGGGCUGAGUCUAGCACCGUUCAGCUUACCUUUUCACUUUGUUUCUUUCACUACGGAUCCCCAAGAUUAACUAAACAUUCACUGUUGCCCCCCCCCCCUCUUAGAUAAACUAAAGCUUGGGUUGGAUUUUGUUUCUCUCCAUUGCUGAAAAUGUUGUUGUUUUUGUGUGUGUGUGAUCUAACGACAAUCGCGACAAGGUUUGUAGUAUCACAUUAACACAGCUGAGCCCAGACACCAUUGUCUGUUGUAACAGUAUACAUGUGUAGAUACUGUGUGGCUGUCCUUUUGAAACAAGAUGCAGAAGACAUAAGUGGGGAAGCUUGGAUGGAACUAGAGCUUUUCACAAAAACAUAUACUGCCAGGCGUGUCUGCAAGGCUGUACAGAUCUUUUGCCAGCCAGUUCACUCUGUAAAUGGUUCAUACUACCCAUCGUUUUGAUAUUUUAGGCUAAUUGUUUUUAUUUGUUGCUUUUUCCUCCGUCUUUAUCCAUCAUGUCUUACUACUUCUACCUGUAGCUGGUUUUGGGUUAGAUUCCCAAAUGUUCCUUGUAUUUUAAACAACCGUUGUGUGUGGCUCAUGUUCUUGCCUGUGGAUACCCAUUGAGUGUUUAGGCUUUGUUUAUUGGCCCAAGUCAGUCAGUCAUUUAAAGGGAUACUGAGAGAUUCGGACAAUUGUUUUUCUACUUACCCCCAGAGUCCGAUGAACUCGUGGGAUACCCUUUUAUGUCUCUACGUGCAGUAUAAAGGAAGUUAAGAGGUAGUUCGCAAGCCUCUGUUAGCACAUUGACUGGAAGUCUGCAGGUACGCCAGCGUAUGGGUAAGUAGAAAAAUGGCUUAAUUGCCAGAAUCUCACAGUAUCCCUUUAAAACAGUCAGAAUGCUCAUUCAGUUACAAUGCCAAGGUUACUUCAGAUUCUCAACCAUUGAGUCCUUCAUUAGUGAACAAUUAAUACUUUAUGAAGAAGUAGUGAUCGUGAAUUUACCAUUUGACUGCUAGAUAAGGUCAGCUUGGGUCAUGUAGACUCUAUUGAGACUGACCCAAGGAAUGGGUGUUUCGGGGGAGAUGGUUAGAAUGUGGAUCUAAAUGUGAUAGGGAAGUCUUGGCAGCCCAUGUUUGGCAGGGCAUGUUUGGUAUGUUGCAUUUCAUCACUGGUAAUGAUGAGGGCACUAAUGGAAAAACACUAGAGGACCGUCAAAGGGUAUGUAGUUGUUAACCCACCCCCCACAGCGCAAAGAGGAGAUGGGAAAGGCGGGGAAGAGCUCAUGGAUGUGAUGCACAUGAACGAGUAGGGGAAAGACAAUGACUGGAUCAGGUUUAUGCAUCACCCUCUUUACCGAGUCUGUGUGUCUGUCCGUGUGAGCGAGUGCAUUUUGUUUGAAAAGACAACUCAAUUUUUAAAAUACCACUGGAGAUGUACCUGCCAGAGAGAUUACUAUGAUAUCAACAAAAGAAAAUAAGCCUUGUUACAUGGGAGAACUGCCAACAAGUACUGCUGAUUGAGGCCUAUUUUAUUCAGUGCUGGUGUGUUGUGCUUCUUGUAAAUAAAUGUAUUUUCAAUCAUCCCUUUUUCCUCUUGGGGGUGGGGCAUCAAGGCAGGGGUGGGACUUACUCAUGAGAGGAGGGAAAAGAAUAGAGUAUUUUGUUAUUGUCCAAUCAGAGGGUGACAGACACAGUAUGUAUAUAUCUAUAUUGUAUAUAUGUGAUGAAAAUGCGUUGGCUUUUUGUGUGACACUACCUUUUACCUGUACUAUGGUUCUACAUUCAGUGUUUCAAUGUUGAUGAUGUUUGUUUUUCUGUUUUUGAUUCUGUCUUUGUCAUUUCUUGUAUUUUGUUUUCUUUUUGUCCUUUUUUUGGUUAUUGCACGGUUUAUUACUUUUGCUGUCCAAUGAGGUGACACAGCUACUCUUUGUAUUGGUUUAGUGCUGUAAAAUAACUCCAGUGUUAUUAGAAUUGUCUAUCCCACCCCCAUCCCCAAUAUGCAUGAAUGGCACUUAAAGAAUUAAAAUAUGUUAACUUCA